AUGGUUUCCGACGAGCACUACGAUAUUUGUCUCCCUAUCCUCCAGGAUGUCACCCUCGAGGACGAAGACAAGACGGACAAACUCGAAGAUCUCCUACGAAGCCAGACGACCCUGAACGGCUCCUCACUAGACAAUGCGAUCCUCGAUGUACUAUGGCGAUACCGUGAUGGAGGCGGAGCUGCGGCCUCUCCUCCUCCCAUCCGCCAGACCAUCCUGCGACGGCCGUCGCCCGCAUCUUGGCGCGGCAAUGCCACCCCUCUCUCGGGAUCUCCGCGCCUUGGAGUCAGUCCACUUGCCCCUCCGGGCUUUGUCCCGUCCUUCACCCCAUCCUUCACUCCCUCCUUCACAAGAACGAAGUCAUCGGCCGCCUCUCCCUUCUCCUCACCGCGUCCUUCUCCAAGACUCGCCUUUGCGACACCUGCUAUACCUCAUAGCCCUAACCUGAACGCGUACGAGUUCGCCAGCGACAAGUCGCCUUCCCAAGAAACCUUUGGCGAUUAUCAGACGGAGAAUGUAGAGUGGCUAGUGGCGGAUGAUGCCAUCAGUGUCACGUCAUCUGUUGGGACCUCGAGCGGCUUAAACGCCGCCGCCCCUGAAUUCUCUUCCAUGUCGUCGCAACAGGCUGACAUGUCCCCUUACGAUAUGCUCCGUUCAAUCCUCGGCCAGACACGGACUGAUGAAGAAAUCGAAGCCGCCCUUGCAGUCCAUGGGUACGAUCUCAGUGCCACAAUCGUGUCCAUCAUGGAGAGCCAGGCGCAAGAGAACGGCUAUAGCAGUCCACAACCCGAAGAGAAUAAGAUCUCUCUUAUUGGGAAAGCCCUGGCCGCGGAAGGCCGCCCUACUACACCGGCCGGACAACGAUCGGGUGUCAUCUGCAAAUUCUACAUGUCCACUGGGCAAUGCCUUAGAGCAGACUGCAGGUUCAGCCACGACUUGAGCAACCACCUUUGCAAAUACUGGGUUAUGGGCAACUGCUUGGCAGGAGACACGUGCAUAUUCUCCCAUGACCCCGCGCAUCUUAUGAAUAAGCUGGCGCUGGACGGGGCUAGCACUCCGCCUACCAAGCAGGCCAACUUGACCGAUUUCAGCUUAUUCCCAGCGCUUCCACCGGGUACUCCUGAACAUGUCGGCAGCUAUAGCGGAGGUUCGAAUAUCACCAUUGGACUUACGCCGCCGCCCGGUCUGAAGCCCUUUUACGGGAGUGAAAGUCCUAGACCCAGAUCCCGACCGAGCAGCCGACACCAACAAUCUAGGGAGCCCGUGGCACCUUCGCUGGACGAUGCAGACGCGUUUCCUACCUUGGGCUCUGCGGCCGCAAAGCAGAGCAAGAAGCACCACGGCAAACGGGGCGGCCACGGCCACAACCACAAGGAGAAUUUCACCCCAAACUCACUGGCUGAAAUUGUCAAGAUGUCGCCAUCUCCUGGCCCAGCUUCGCUCCGCCAAGACCCUAAGAAGAUUGGAAGGAAUGGGAGCGCAUCCAGUGUCCGAAACGGGGAGAACAGUGCGGCUGCCCAAGCAAUUUUGAGCCCGAAACAUAUCCCGUGGCUGGAAACUGGCGAAAGAGCCAACAAAUCAUACCUCAAAGCUCGGCAGGAGGCUAUCAAGCAUGGCGGCCUUAGAAACAAGUUUCUUCAGAGCGCCGCACAAGCCUGGAACCGCAAUGACGCGAGGGCUGCCAAAGCUCUGAGCUUGCGGGGCCAGAGUGAGAAUGAUCUGAUGCGGAAGGCGCACCGAGAGGCAGCUCGCGAGUUGUACGAAGAGCGCAACAAAGCCAAUGCGAACAACAUCGAGAUCUACGUUGACCUACAUGGGCUUCAUCCUGAGGAAGCUGUCGAGUAUUUGGAGCGGGUGUUGAUGGAGAAUGUCAAGGAAAGCCGGCCAAUUUACGCCAUAACAGGCACAGGUCACCACAGUAAGAACGGGAAGGACAAGGUCGGCAAGGCUAUCCGGAACUUUCUCAACGAAUGGAGGUACGCCUACCGCGAAUUCUCAGUGCCUGGAGACCGCAAUAACAUGGGCGGCAUCUUGGGCAUCGAUGCUCGAAGUUACGACAAGGCAUUGGCGCGCGAGGGGACAUCGAGUGCAGAUGACAGCAAAGAGGAGGUUGAUAUUCUAAGUCAGGGUGUGGAGAUUGGUGAUGGCAAGGUCAGGCUUCUUGUUAGGGACCCUCCGAAAGGCCCCAGCGGGCGUCGAUGA